AUGUUCAGCAACCGAAACAGCACUCGAAAGCCUGAUGGCGACUUCAUCAGUCGCUUCCAACAAGCCUUCUCGGAUGUCGUCCCUCGCAGAGGCAGCCAGGAUUCCUCGAAUUCACGACCAAAUAUUGACCAGAAUGGAGAUUCCAUGAUGCCUUCAACGACUAUAGAACACGACAUUAAAUUUCCCACCAACGAUCGCACUCCCCGAAAUAUGCAAGAAUUGGGCCUGACCCCGUCAUGGAUGGAACCCGGUUCUUUUUCCAUGAUGCCUUUCGCCGGUCAACACUCUGGUCUUUAUACGCCAAACUCCGGUGGAAUGGGUGCUAUCUAUCACAACCAGGCCGGUGAUUUGCAUACACCAACAGGAAUGCAUAUGAUCACUCCACUCUCCCUUACCAACCCAAUGAAUGGAGCCCAUCAUCACCCAGGCAAUGGCUUUGAACCCUUCAACCCACAAUUUCUUGCCAGCAUGCCAGAAAUCAAUCCGUAUGCCCAGCAGGCGUCAUACGCUCCAAGCGCAUUUAUGCACCAUAAUUCAAAUUAUAAUGUUAUGGAUGAAUCGCUCGAUGAUUCAUCUGUCAAUGACAUGAAUAUUGAUUCAGCAUCUAAUGUGACGGCCUCGACGGACUUCUCAGGCCCAGCAGGUCCAACUGAAGACAUGUCUUAUGCCAAGGGCGAAAAAUUCCGCUUCAGUGUCUCUCUUCGAGCACCAACGGCGAUGGUUAAGAACGUGAGAGAAAUUCCAGUGACUUAUCUCAAUAAGGGACAAGCAUACAAUUUGUCAGUCACGGAUUCGAGCCCACCCGUGGGAACUUCUCGACCGAUUCGAUACAGAACCUAUGUUCGCAUCUCUUUUGAGGAAGAAGAGCAAAGGGCGAGACCAUCUGCGUGUUGGCAAUUGUGGAAAGAAGGUCGAGGUUCAAGCGAAGCCCACCAACGUGGUGGGAAGUUGUUGGCUGUCGAAUACGUGGAUCCCCUACAAGGCGGCGGCGAUGCUCACAAGCACCGUCAAGUACAAGUCGAGAAAUUGUCAGUCGAUGGAUUUUGCGUCACAUGGACCGCCAAUCCAAUGACUGGUUCCUCGGAUUGCAACAUUCCCGUGCGAUUCAACUUCCUUUCCACUGAUUUUAGCCACUCCAAAGGCGUGAAGGGCAUUCCCGUUAGACUGUGCGCGAAGACUGAACUUAUCUCGCCAGGCCAAAUGCCUGGCGCAGCGCGUGAAGUAGAGCUAUCUUACUGCAAAGUGAAACUCUUCCGGGACCACGGCGCUGAGCGAAAGAUGUCCAACGACGUUGCGCACGUCAAGAAGACUAUCGACAAACUCAAACAGCAGAUCUCACAGGCCGAAAUGGGUGGUGGUUUCGCCAAGCGCAAACGGGGCAGCAACGCCACUGCAAAGGGACCCGACCGUUCCAUGAAAAUGAUGAAGCACAAGCGUACUUGGUCACAGGGCUCAGAUAACUCGGGAACGCCUUCUCUGGAAGACGACCUCCAAUCAAAACUAAACGUGAUGCAAGAGAUGUUUUCAUCAACUCGUUCAGUGAGCGUGUUUGGUUUGCGCGGCGAUCAACAAGAUGACCCCGAUCUAUACCCGAUCCGAUUGCCAGGUGACGGGGAGUCCGUCAAAUUUGAGACUGUCAGUCGGACUAAAACUGGCGAUUUCUCGUCUGCCGAAGCAUUGAUUCCUUCACCUGAAAGCAGCAAUCCCUCUGAAAAUUCUCCACACGCCUACUCGCGCCCGAUGACUAUCCAAAAAAUUCCAUCUGCCAAUCAAGCCUCUAGGGGUUUCCUCGAGGCUGUUGGCAUCGACUCCACCUAUCGACCUCCAUCGGAACGCCCGCCCAAGCCGAUUGCCUGCUUCUAUGCUAGGUUUUCUGGAAACGAGGAGAAUCCCCAGGACUAUUAUCGAGCUAUCUACUUGACCGAACGCACUGUCCAGGACCUCAUGAAGCAGAUUUGCAGCAAGCAACAAAUCGACCCGGUGCGCAUCGUGAGCAUCAAGCACGUCAAUGAAAAAGGCAUGCAAAUCAUGGUGGAUGAUGAUGUGGUCCGCGAGCUCCCUGAGGGACAAGAUAUGGUCGUCGACAUCUCGACAAUGCCGGGCUCGAAUGUCGACGCGCCUGGAUCCCCCAUUGAGAUCAAGUUGACCUUCUAA